AUGAUACCCCAGUUAGCUAUAAAUUCUUUGACUUUAGUUGCACUAGCAACCGCUGUCAAUGGUUAUGCAGUUAGAUAUUCGAAUAGUUCUAUUCCUAUUUCCGCUUCAGCUAUUUCAUACACUGAUAUAUAUCCCACUUUUGACCCUUCCAUUUACUCUAGUUAUAAACCUUCCUCAGUGUCAUUUUCUUCUUAUAUUCCUGCUACUUCUAGCUUGUCUGAAAGAAAAUCUAUUGAAGAUGUGAGUGGUUCAAGCAUUCAACAUCUAUCUUCUUCAUUCAUUGAAAGUGAAUUACCGUCAUCAUUUCCUUCUCAUUCUGAUAAAUCAUCAAAUUAUGAAAGUUUAAAGUCCGUCGAGUUGUCUUCCAAUUAUGACAUCACUUUUUUAUCUUUCAACUCUGCAUCAAAAAUUUCUAAAUCCAUUGAAAACUCUUUAUCUGGUAGAGAAUCUAGCACUUAUUCCUUUGAUACAGUUACCAAAUCAACCCCAACUUCAGCAUCUUCUGUUUUCGAAUCAAUUCAAUCACAAGUUAUAAAUUCAUAUGACAUCUCAACUGAUGAUGAUAUAUCAAUUGAUAAUUCUAAAUAUUCUGAUUCAAUUGGCUUUUACACAACUUUAAGUUCAAAUACCCUAGAAACCAGUAUUUCUAAAUCUUUGGAUCUAACAUCUGAAGGAAUGAUAACUGAAACAGAAGAUGUAACUGUUACAACUUUUAUAAGUUCAUGCCCAACUACAUUUACUACUCAUGACAGUACUGGAUCCCAAUACUUGACAACAUCAAUUAAAAUCACUACCGUCACCUCUACAAUUUGUCACAUUUGUACUGAAAAACCAGUGACAUCGGAAAUUUCAAAAACUUCUGAAAAGAUGUCUUCUACUAUUGAAACUUCAAUUUCCACUACAUGGGUUGAAAUCACUACUACCAAUCUUUCCCAAACAACUACCACCUCAUCACCAGCACUUGUGAUCACUUCGACAGUUACAAAUGACAGUGAGGUUACAAUUUUCACAACAUGGUGUCCUCUUACCGAUACCAAAGUCUCCAGUUCUCCAGAUUCUACUACUACUACUACUACUGCCAUUUUAAGUACACAUAGUGAAGCUGAAUUUAAGACGUCAUUCACAAUUGAAUCACGUUUACUAAAGGAAUCUUCAAGUACUUUAAGAAUUGCGGAACUAUCAUCUUUACCCAUUUCUAGCUCUUUGAUAUCAUUAACCACUCAAUAUUCUACUUCUACUCCUUCAGCCACUAAAUCUGGCGAAAGAAGUACCAAUUCUUUGAGUCCAAGUUUUGCUCAUACUACUUCUCCAAUUGAAGAAAUUUCCUUCUUUGUCACAACUUAUACUCAUUUAAGGACAACUACAUUUACAACUGAAGUUUGUGAAAGCUUGAUUUGUUCCAAAUCUACUGUUGAAUCCAUUUUAUCCAGUACUCAAAUAUCAACUAUCACAUCCUCUACAUCUACCCCUAAUAUUCCUGAAAAUACUGUUAAAACUGUAGUUUGCACAGAAGAUAAAUGCUCCUCAUCAAGUUCUAUCUAUAAUCCAUCUUCAACAACUAGUGUCACAAGCAAGAUAAUUACCAGUACACAAUCAUUAUCCACAACUGAGUUACCAAAAUCCACACUAACUUCUGUCAGUCGUUCUAGUUCACCAUCACCAACAAGUUCUACAUAUCUAAAAACAACUGAAUCAACAUUAUCAACUGUAACUACAACAAGUAAUGGUGUAAUUACCAUUUAUACUACUUGGUGUCCUCUCACCAGCACAAGUAGAACAACCUCAAUUUUGUCUACAGUUUCUACUGUUACAACUACUAGUAAUGGAAUAAUUACAAUUUAUACUACUUGGUGCCCAUUAUCUUCUACUACUUCAAAUAAUAAACAACCAAGUAGUACUACUUCUAUUACUAAUUCAAGUCAAUCCUUCAAAUCUACAAUUAAAAUAUCUACUUUCAUUACAGUGACUAAGACCACUAAUAUAGUUUCAUCUAAGACAUCAGAAGCUAGCAAUAGUGUAGCAUCAUCUUUCCUUUCCACAUUAACAACUACUAGCAACGGAGUAAUCACAAUCUAUACUACUUGGUGUCCUCUAACUUCAAAUUCAGUUGUUAAAUCUACAAGUUCAGUUCAUAAAGCUUCAAUUGAUUCUAAAUCUAGUAUUGUUAAACCUACAACAGUAUCGACUACUGGUCCUAUUACUGGCUCCAAUUGGAUAAGAACUGUCCAGGUUUCUACUUCAAACACCUCAACAACAUCAUCCACAUCUAAGUCAUCUACCUCAAUCACUUCAACUACUUCAAGAGUUACUACCACUUCAAGUAUCUCUAAGAGUUCUUCUACUACCUCAACUAGCUCAACCAGCUUAACCAGCUCAACCAGCUCAACCAGCUUAACCAGCUCAACCAGCUUAACUAGCUCAACUAGCUUAACCAGCUCAACCAGCUCAACCAGCUUAACUAGCUCAACUAGCUUAACCAGCUCAACUAGCUCAACUAGCUCCACUUCCUCUACUUCCUCCACUUCCUCCACUUCCUCCACUUCCUCCACUUCCUCCACUUCCUCUACUUCCUCUACUUCCUCCACUUCCUCUACUUCCUCUACUUCCUCUACUUCCUCUAUCUCCUCCACUACAACUACCUCAAAAACCUCUUAUAUUCCAACCACUGCAACCACUCCAAGAACUUCAUCUACAUCAACUAAAAAUAUCAGAUCUAAUGUGACAUCUUCUAUUACCUCUUUACAAAUAAGUACUUCCAUCACAACCAAUGCGGAACAAGUUUCAUCUUCAACAACUCCAACUAGUUAUGUGAUGUCAACAGUGUUUACUACUAGCAAUGGUGUUGUCACAAUGUAUACAACUUGGUGCCCACUGAGCUCCUCAACAUCUUCAGUUUAUAUUGUCAACAAGACUACAAUUACUUCCAGCAUUAUGUCCUGUUCUGAAGGGAAGUGUAGUGAAGUUUCAAGUGCUAGUAGAUCAAUUUCUACUUAUACUUCUGUUGAUAAGACUUCAUCAGGCCAAGUUGUAGUAGCUACUUCUACUACUAGUAGAGUUGAUACUACAACAACUACUGAUGUCGCCACCACAAAUAUUCAUACAGUAAUUACCACCUCCCCUGUCAGUAGUGAAAUAGAAUCUUCUAAUAAAGUUACAACGGGAACAGAUGUCACAUUAAGUUCAAAGAUAGCUUCCAAAGAGUCCUCUGCCGGUUCAACUUUCUUGGGAACUUCAACAUCAACAACACCAGCUGCACCAUCUGUAACCAAAAAUAUUGAAACAUCUUCAACUAAAAACAUUAGCAUUGCACAAUUCACAUCCUCAUAUUCAUCAACUGAAUCUGCAACCAUAAGCGAAUUCACAGGCGGUGCCAAUACUUUCAUCAUCAAUAACCUAUAUUUUGUAUUAGUGACAUUAUUGUUCCUAUGA